AUGGAGUUCAACUUCAACACUAUGGUAAAGCACGUCGAUCACGACAAACAUCUCAGCAAAACCGAGCUCCUGCGGCUGGCUCUCCACCGAACCCUCACUGGCUAUAGUGGCGACGGCAAGUAUUUAGCAUAUCUCUUCAUCGGCACUUCGGCGGUACCUAUCCCGGUCAUAAUCGACACGGGCAGCGACCUAACAUGGACCCAAUGCGCACCCUGCGAUAACUGUUCUGCACAGCCGACUCCCUUAUUUGACCCUGCGAAAUCCACCUCGUACGUAGCCUUAAAAUGCCCAAAUAAGAAGUGCAAAUUGUACAAGUCUGAUGGCUGCAAUAAACGUCUGCCUGGCACCACGUGCACGUACAACCGCACGUACGGAGAUGGCAGUAGAAGCCGAGGCGACCUGGCCACCGAGACCUUCUGGUUCGAGGGCGUCCCGGUACUCAGAGUCCUAUUCGGCUGCGCAUUUCACAGUUACGGUAGUGUAGUAGGUAGAGGCACGAGGAUCUUGGGCCUGGGCCGAUGGGAUGACAGUAUCGUCUCCCAACACGACGUGCACGCGUUCUCCUACUGUCUGCCCACGUUCGACUCCAAUGGGACUGGCCGUCUCUUUAUGGGUUAUGGGGCCCGCGCGCCCCCGGGCGCAGCCACCACGCGGCUUCUCAGGUACCCAGGCGCUCUCAACAGCGGCUUUUACUAUCUCCGUCUCCAGGGGAUCACUAUCAAUGGGGUCCCCAUCCCCAUCAACUCCUCCUUUGCGUUCAAAGGGAGAAAGGACGGGUCGGUGGGUCUGAUCAUCGACUCGGGAACAACGAUCACGCAACUCGAGAGGAUCACGUUCGAGGCCGUCGGCCAGGAACUCACCAGCCAAAUCGGACUUCAACCGACCGAUGGGGACUUGGACUUGUGCUACGAACUCCCGUGCGCUGACGUGGGGGGAAUUCAGUUUUCGAAGAUCGAGUUUGUAUUCGAGGGGGCUGCCCUGGAGUUGCCGUCCCAAAACUACUUCUUAAUUGAAGAGAAAAAUGGGAUGGUGUGCUUGAUGAUGGUUGCUACUGAUUCGCCCUUAUCCAUCUUCGGCAAUUUUCAGCCGCAGAACACAUUGGUGGUUUAUUAUCUUACUAACGAGGAACUAUCUUUUGUACCCUACACACAGUGUGACGACAUGUGA